UCACUGCCCGCCGAGCAGGAAGACGUUAGACUCAGCUGCUGAGUGUAGUACCGGCUGAAAUGCUGCGAAUAUGUAGACCUAUGCCAAAGACGGCUCAUUUCUGAACACACUGUUCAGAACUUUUAAGGAUUUUGUUUUUUGUUUUGUUGCCUUGAACUGAAAAUGUCGGUAAUCCAUCCCACAUUACACUACCCUUGCUCAUGUGGUGCUCAAAGCUGUGCUUCGUUCAAGGGAUACAGCACCGUCAUGGGGAACCAUUAUAGACAAGUGGGAUUUUUUAACCAUUAUUUUCAAUGCUGCUUUGUAAUCUGGCACUGGAUGAAUUGUUAUGACCGGAGAUUACGGAAAACUGGGCCUGAACGGGAGAACAGCAGAAAUGAUCUAGUUACUCCUCCAACACGUUCAAGGGUCAAUGGUUGGACAUUACCUCUGCAUUCCUUCCAGCUGAUUGCCUUUGUGCUAUAUUUCUACCUGGCAGUUGUUGCCUUUGGGAUUUACAUACCAAUGUUGCCAUAUGCUUGGAAAUAUGCUGGUUAUGCUAUAAUUGGCACAUUGUUUGUGUAUCAUUUCAUUGUCCACCUGAUUGCUGUCUCCAUUGAUCCAGCAGACAGCAGUGUGCGUACCAGAAAAAACUACAACACUCCCAUGCCAACUCUUGAUCGAGCCAAGCAUCCCCAUGUCAUUCAGAAUCAGCACUGCUACUUGUGUGAAGUGGAUGUGGGAGUGAAAGCCAAACAUUGCAGCACUUGUAACAAGUGCAUUUCUGAUUUUGAUCAUCAUUGCAAGUGGCUGAACAACUGUGUAGGAGGGCGAAACUACUGGUUUUUCUUCAAUACUGUGGUGUCAGCUGUUCUUGGUAUCCUGAUGAUUGUACUCGUUACCCUUUAUGUUUUCAUCCAGCAGUUUGUAAAUCCAGAAGAACUUCGCACAGCCCCUCAGUUUGAAAAUGUUCGAGGAAACAACACUUGGUUGGUAUUUCUGCCCAUUGCUCCCGUGGAGACAACACAAAUUGGAAUCUCAGUCAUAGCAGGAAUCACCAUUAUCCUUGGGAUCGCUUCACUGAUGUUACUUGGUCAUCUGUUGGGCUUUCACAUUUACCUGUUGUUCAACAAGUUAAGUACGUAUGAAUAUGUUGUGCGGGAGCGUCACAAGCAGGAUGUACGAGGCCAAGGAAGUGAUGUCGAGUCUGCCCAGAAUGCAUCUGCUAGGAUGACUGCUCUUCAGGGUCUGCCUGUAGCAAAGUCACAGGCAGAAGCAGAACUCGCUGCAUCCUCCAGAUCAAGUGCUUUAAAAUAUCAAGACCAAGGUCCAGUUGCCAACAGACUAUCCAACAGUAUCUGUCUGGAGACUUCAAGUGUUUCUACAGCUACAAGCUCCUCACAUACUGGGCAGGUUCUGAUUAAAAGGCCUAAAAGUGGGUUCAAAGGGGACAGUCAUAUUGAUGAGACUAAAUUCACUUCGGAGAGAACAUCUACUGUUAGCUCUAUUCCUGAACCACUGGACAACUCUGAUGUAACGCUACAGACUGAUCAUAAGAGCACUCAAGGGUCUCACCGACGAAGCCUGGAGUCCAUAGAAGAGAUCCCAGUUGUACAAAAUCCUCUUGGUAGUGCUGCUAUGGACAAUGGACACAGGGACAAUAAUGGCAAUACAGGGAAGUGCUUAGAUGCAUCCAAUCAUAAUGUGCUUCUGGACAACACUGCAGACUUGCUGGUGAAUCCAAGGGACUCUGUGCAGUUGUCUGUGAGAAGUGUUGGCCAGCAACCGACAAGGACUUCUUUGGUCAGACAGGAUAGAGAUACAGCUCAUCAGAGGCACAGCCAAUUAACACAGCAGUCCAGUGAUGUUGGGCAGAAUACUGUGUCGGGGUGAAUUGAAGACUUUCACUGAACGCAACUAAAGCUUUGAGAGAGAAAAGUAGAUCUAAAGCAUAGAGUUUACUGUCGUCUUCUUGUGAUUGGCCUGCAGUCAACAGCAUCAUCAACAGGCUGAGUGCUGGACAAGUGCAGAAUUCCAAGGAGUGGCGUUAUUUGUCAUAAUUGCUCUGUAUCCUAGUGGUGACAUGAUGGGGUUCAUCUAACGACAAUGGUGAAAAGCGUGACUCACAGAAGAAAACAGUCUGGCUAAUUUAAACAGUUCAGACCCCAAAUGUCCUCAAUUGACACAAGCUGAGUCUGACAGUAGUUAGACCCCACUCCAGUAGUGACCCAUAAACUCUCCCAACUCCAAACUGGAGACCCUGUGCCAAAUUCUGAGGAGUGAGUCAAUUAUACAGCUGGGUGAUCUAUGCCACUGAAAGGGCAUUUUAGUCCUGCCUACCCCAAUCCAUUUGUUCACAAUAAAAUGCCCCCGCAGCUAUUCCACCAGAAGCCAUUUCUGAUUCUGAAAAAUGGUGAGAGGAAUAUCUUUCACUCCAAGCAAAAUACACACAAUUGAAAGAAAGGCAAGUGACCUGUUCUGGGAUUGAUCAUCUUUCCCUUAGGACAUCUACUUGACCUUAUCAGCCACCUGGUGUCAGAUCCACUUCGACCAAUUGAUGGAAUAAUUUCUUGAAGAAAUCUGAGAACAUAUUAUGUGCAACCUUCUCCUCUCCCAACCCCUCCCCACCACUACCACCACCAAUUGAGUACUGUUGCCCUUGCAACCCCAAGUAUUACAGGCCUCAAUUCCAAUCAAAUUUGUAGGUCUACACUGUUUCUUAAUGAUUGUUGAAAGUGUAAUUAGCAACUAGAAGUUGGAAGUGAAGUUGAGCAACAGAAAUUAUUACCUACUUUUCAAAAAUAAAACCUAAUUUAUAUCACUUAAACUUAAUACACAGAUGUAAGUUCACCUUCAUUCACACCACAUUGGCGAAUGAUCCCUAGGCCAAGAGAAUGCUGUUUCCAUAAAAUGGCAUAUGAUAUUUCUUUAGCAUACUGGCUCAGAAAAGUGCAUGUGACUUUCUCAUGGUCAAAGUUCCCAUGAAAACCUGCUCACAUGCAGAGCCUAUCAUUGCUAUCCAGAGUUAGGUACUUUAGACUGAACAGCUCACAAAGUUCAAUAUGUCAGUUUUUUUGAUCUGCACCUAUCAAGGAAACCUUUAACUUUCUACAUUGUCCAAUCUGAUGAAGAUGAGAGUUGCUUUUUCCCGAACUAAUGUGAAUGUAGAUCUGCUUGGCUGGCAGCUCUGCAGUCUCAGCAGUGCCAGGAUCGAGUGGUGAGCACUGCAGGGGUGAUAAGCAGUCCCUGAGGAGGAAAAGUCAUGGAGCCCAAACUCCGAGGCAAGGUCAAUAUUUUGGAUGAACCUGUCUUGCAGACACUAGGGAAGGAGGGAAUGGAUGGGGUAGUUCUAGUGGGUGCAAGGACCUAGAGAAUACCCUAGAGAAAGUACUCCCCAACCCAUUCGUUUUUCUGUCUGACAGCAGCCCAUACAGUUAAUACUGUUGGCUGCUCUCUAAGCUUCCAUCUUCUCUUACCAGACACGAAAUAACAAUAGGAGUGGAAUGAAAGCAUGAAGCAGCCAUUACUUGGGGUUAGUUAGGGGCCUGAAUAGGUGGAUGGGUUGCUGAGCACUUGUCCAUGCAUCAUAAUAUGGGAGACAGGUUGGGCACACGACAGUGAGAAGGUCAUCCAUUUUGGUUUAUGAGCUCCCUGACUUUCAAACAUGUUGAUGGCAGAUUUGUAAAUGUUACAGUCCUACAGACAUAGUAUGUUGAUUUCCUUACACAGAAAAAUGCAACGGAGGACAGUGGAAAUGAAAGAUCUAUUGUAAAAUUUUGCUGUCUCAUGUCAGAUGUCCCAUGAAAAUUUAGCAAUAAAUCAUGGAUAUAGCUAACUGAAGUGCUAAUUGACAUUUUACUCUACCUUUAUUACACAAAACAUACAAACAAAUUCAAUGCAAAACAGUUUAUUUUGAAGCAUGUGAUCAAUCAGGGAAACCACCAUCUGUCAUGAUCUGUCACUAUCUGUCAUAACAGAAGACCCACAGUCAUAUCCAAAAAUUAAACAGAAACAAAUGAAUGGAGGAACUCCCUGAAUUGCAUAAACUGAAAAUGCACAUACUAUGUAGCCUGAAGAUAGGGUUGGUGACGGCUGGAAUGGAUUAUGGCUGUCAGAAAUCCCAUAAGCUUGCACAUUAUUUUGUGGGCUCCUGACAGGUUUCUACACACCACUAGAGAUCCCAGUUUGAGAAUCACUGAUCCACACUAAUCCAUAUAAUGCCCUUUAACAGUAAAUACAAAACAGUUUCUCCAUAGUGAAUUUCAAGUAUUUUGAAUGAGACUAAUUUAUUAAUCAUUUCAUAGAAUAUUAAAAUGUUCUAUGUGCACACACUUGGCUUAUUGUGUUUUCAAUUUCCUGUAUUAAUAUUUCUAAUGGAAAUUCCCGAUGUAAACUGCCAUGGUGUAGCAAGACCUUCCAUCAAGGACUUCCCUUAUAAUCUUAUGAUCUGUUCAUGGAACUGUACCACUUCCAUUGGCAGCAGGAUAUAAUUACAAUGUGACAAGCUAAAAUAGGGAGUUUCCAUUAGAAAUAGGAAAUGAUCACACAAAAAAGGGCAGCAUGGCUAAAUUAAGUCUUUGUGUCUUGAGUCGAAGAGUGUGGCGGUGGAAAAGCACAGUGA